UUUUAUUAUAGAGACACACUUUAAUAAAAGGUCGUUUGUUUAUCUCCUGUGUAAUGUGUAAGUACUGUAUUCCUUGAAUGAAUAAGGCGACUGUUUCUGUAAACGCAUUAUGGGUAAGAUAUGUUUUUAAUGUAUUUACACAUUUCCCCUCGGCACUUAUACGAUCGAAGCGGACUUCAGAUUCUGGGUCCCGUCUGCCCCGCGAUUUUAAACUAACAAUCAAAAGCAAGUCACAUGACAACUAUCACCAGAGGACUGACAACGUCAGUGAAUCAUGCGCUUUUCAGCUCGAGUUCCUUCUCUCGGCAAAAACAAACCGCCUCUUUGUGCACCACGUCACCACCUUGCUUAGUAACCCCGAACUGCGUCGCAGAGAGAGGAAAGCCAAAGGAUGGGUUUGCUAUCGAUCCUGCGCAAGCUGAAGAGUGCCCCUGAUCAGGAAGUGCGAAUCCUUCUCCUGGGGCUGGACAAUGCAGGAAAAACAACACUUCUCAAACAGCUGGCGUCCGAGGACAUCAGUCACAUCACUCCUACACAGGGCUUUAACAUUAAGAGUGUCCAGUCUCAGGGUUUCAAACUGAAUGUCUGGGACAUCGGGGGACAGAGAAAGAUCAGACCCUACUGGAGAAAUUACUUUGAAAACACAGACGUGCUGAUUUAUGUUAUUGACAGCGCGGACAGGAAGAGGUUUGAAGAAACAGGACAGGAGCUAGCAGAGCUGCUGGAUGAGGAGAAGCUCAGCGGUGUUCCUGUCCUCAUUUUCGCCAACAAGCAGGACCUGCUGACUGCGGCGCCCGCCUCUGAGAUUGCAGAGGGCCUCAAUCUGCACACCAUCCGCGACCGCAUCUGGCAGAUCCAGUCGUGCUCGGCGCUGACUGGGGAAGGCGUGCAGGAUGGCAUGAAUUGGGUCUGCAAAAAUGUGAACGCAAAGAAAAAGUAGAACUGUACAGACUGUUCAUGUAUUUCAAAAGGAAAGCACACUAGAAGAGAUUAAACAGCUGGACCAGCGGGAACAUGAACUUCACUCACUGAACUCGACCACAACCUUCAUCACACAACUACAGCAACAGCAUCUACUACACACCAAGAGAAUCUUAACCUUCACACAGCUACACACCAAGAGAAUCACAACCAUCAUCACACAGCAACACA